AUGUCUAAUGUUAUGUGUAAAGAAGAUGGCUGCAAUCAAGGAACGGUCGCUAAAUGUAUGCAUUGUGAUAAUAAUUUAUGUUUGAAAUGCUUGACACGACAUCAACAACCGAUGGACGCUCAACUUUGUCAAUUGACUAAUGAUAUGAAUAAAUUAUUAUUAUUAUCAUCAUUAAAUCAUGAUGAUAAACAGUCGAAUCAUCCACAAAUAAGUGUCAAUAAUCAAUAUAUGUCAGUGAUGGAUCAAAUUGAUAAUUGGGAAAUGACAAUGACUCAACGAUUAAAAGAUUUAGUUUCACAUGCGCGUCGUACACUACAAAAUUCAUUCGAGCAAAUAUCAUUUGAAAUCGAAGAAUGGUCAACAGAAAAACAAAUUGAAUUACAAGAACUAACAGAAAAUAUCGAACAAUUAUCAUUUGAAGCAAAUGAUGAAUCAAACAUACGUAUGAAAAUCGAUAAAUAUAAUCGACACAUUCAAAAAUAUAUUAAAGAAUAUGAAACUGCCCAUGUUGAAUUCAAUCUUAUUAAUUUUGAAUUAAUUCCAUUAUCAUCAUCGAAAUUAACAUUGUUCCAUUUAUUUGAGCAUUCAAUAAAUUUUGAUCUAUCAUUAAUUCAUGAUCCACCAAAUACUUGUUUUGAUGCUUCCAAGUCAUCAUUAAUAGUAUCGUCUUCUCUAUCGCCAUCGAAUUCAAACAAUCGUCGAGAAAAAAUCUUUCUACCCAGUGUUUUAGUUAGUUCAAGAAGUCAAAUUAUUUUUUUUUCAAAUAAGGCUAAACAAUUGAAUAUUUUUUCAAAUAAUGGCACUCUGAUCGAUCAAUUUAAAUGGGAUCAUGCUGAUAUUAUAGAUAUUUGCUAUGAUAAUUGUUCGUCAACAUUAAAUGAUGAUUCAUUUUUUGUUCUAUCAACAAAUGGUAGUGUUUAUUCUCUUGAAUAUCAUUCCGAUAAGCAUUCAUAUUCAUGGUUAAAAAUGAUUGCUGUUAAUAAUCAAACAUAUUAUACUCAAUUAAUAUGUGAUUCAAAAUUAUCUUAUUUAUAUCUUUUCAUGUCGAGCAAACAUCGUCUGGAUCAAUGGACAAUUAAUAAAUCGAAACGUAAUAUAAUACAUUGUUCAAAUCAAUUGAUUAUAACAAAUGAUCAUGUUGAACAUUUAUGUACGUCUGAUCAUCAAUUAGCUUUAUUAUUGCGUGAUAAAAAGAAAAUAGUGAGCUACCGUAUUGAACUACGCAAUUUUACUGAUUUACUUGUAACAAUAUGCUCGAUAACACUUAAUCAAUUAUCGAAACCGAUGAGACUUAUUUUUGAUAAUCGCAAUGGAUUUAUUUUAGCAAAUGGUAAUCAAUUAUGUUCAUUUGGUUACGAGGGUGAAAUUAUUUCCAAACGUAUUUUUGAAGAUAUUAAUGAAAUUAAACGAGUAACUUUUUGUCAACGAUCAACGUGUUCUAUUCUCACGGAUAAUGAUCAACUUUUAUUUUAUAUACUUUCAAAAUAA